UCCAUUUUCAAUCAUACAUCUUGUUCUUCUUAUUUUUCUCUCUCUACUAUUUGUUACAUUACUAAAAAUGGAUUCUUCCAAGUUGUUGAGCCUUAUAGCCAUGUUUCUCUUGUUACUUCUCCCUAUGGUUACCAAAGGAGAUUCUAAUGAUGAUUUCCUUGAUAGGGUUUGUGAAAAAGUGGAUUGCGGGAAAGGAAGCUGCAUGGUGAAUACAAGUUUACCUUUGAGCUUCGCUUGUGAAUGCGAAUCGGGAUGGAAGAGAACUCAAGAUGAAGAUGAUGAUUUAUAUGCCACUAGCUUUCUUCCAUGUGUCAUUCCUGAAUGUAGUCUGAAUUAUGAUUGCCAGCAAGCACCACUUCCGGUUAGAGAGAAGAGUAUCCCUAACAAUAUUUCGGCUUUUGAUCCUUGCUAUUGGGCAUAUUGUGGAGAGGGUAGAUGCACAAGGAACAUGACACAUACACUCAUGUACAUGUGUGAAUGCAAUCGCAAUUAUUAUAAUCUUCUCGAUAUAUCUGUUUUCCCAUGUUACAGUGAAUGUACUCUUGGAUCUAAUUGUUCAAGUCUUGGAAUUAGAGUUUCAAAUUCAACCGUAAAUUUUGACAGUAAUGCAAGCUCAACAAUCUUUGGAGGAAGGUUCUAUUGGAUCAUUGUUUUGUUGAUGUCGACUGGUAUGGUUAUGUGGAGCUAGUUGUUAGGAUGGAGAUAUGGUUUGUGUCUUUGUGCUGAACUUCAUGAUUAUUGGAAGUUUAUGUGAUUUUUGUGUAAAAUAAAUAUAUAGUCUCGUUAUAGCCUAUAGAAAUAAAGUUAUGGUUCAGUCAUUGGGAGAAGAUGACUUAUUGUAUCAUAUACUAUAUGAUAAAUUUAAUUUGCAUGCGCACUAA